UCCACUUGUCUGACAAACUUGUACUAUAAAGAGGUAUUAAUUUUUAAAAACAUAAUGGCUAGUCAAACUCAAGGUAUCCAACAAUUAUUAACAGUGGAGAAAAGGGCAGCUGAAAAAGUAGCUGAGGCCAAGAAGAAGAAGGUCCGUCGUCUCAAAGAAGUCAAGGAGGAGACUCAGGAAGAGAUCGAGAAGUACAGAGCCGAGCGGGAGAAGCUGUUCCGCGAAUUCGAGGCUAAACACAUGGGCUCCAGAGAAGACGUGACUGCUCACAUUGAGGCCGACACCAAGAUUAAAAUUGAUGCCAUGAACGAAGCCAUUGUGGGCACAAGGAACAGGUAAUCAAGAAAAUUCUUGAACUGGUCUACGAUAUCAAACCAGAAGUUCAUGUCAAUUACAGAGCCGGAGAGCACAAGUGGGUAAAAACGUUUUGGGCUAUAAUUCUGUAUUCAAUAACUGUUGUUGCGAUUAGAAAAUAUAUCUAUAUACU